CUCUGGCAGUCCGGGGGAGGCUCUGCGAGGGGCCGGUUGCAUGCACGCUCCCGGGGAGCAGCCGCGGGGCGCUGGGGAAGAGGCGGCGAUGCUGGGCGCGUCGCGCGGAGCCUGCUGAGUGACUUGCCCUGGGGCAGUGGCCGUGCGCCCCGGGGAGCGCAGCAUGGCACCCGGAGCCUCCCCGCGCUAGCCUCUCUCGGGGAGCGCAGCCCGCCUAUGCGCUGCCCAGCGCGGCUCCUGAGCGGCUGGGCAGAGGGGCACCCCCGCGCGGCGCUGGGGCUCGACUGGCGGGGCCCGGGAGCAACCCCCGCGGCGGUGCCCGUGCGCUGAGCCAUGCUGCCCGGCGUGCAGGCGGGCAUAUGGGACAGCGCCUGAUCUGUUGCCUCGAUGCGCCCAGCGCCCUGCAGCCGCCGCCGCUCCUCCCGGUGAGACGGAAACUCCUGCUGCUCUGCAUCAUGCUCUUCCUCUGGCUCUACAUGUUCUACUCGUGCGCCGGCUCCUGCGCCUCCGUGCCCGGCCUCGCGGGGAGGCCCGCUGCCGGGGCUGGGGAGGCUGCCGCCACCGCUGGAGCGCACGGAGAGGGUCUCCAGGUGCUUUCCAAGUUGCUGCGCCGGGCGCCUUCCGGAGGAGCCAUGGGGCUGGCGGGUUCCGCCGCGGCUUCCCCCUCGGAGCCGCGAGAGGAGCAGAGCGCGGCCCCCGACCCCACCAGCCCCAUCUCCAGCUUCUUCAACGGCUCCGGCACCAAGAAGCUGCCGCAGGCCAUCAUCAUCGGGGUGAAGAAGGGCGGCACGCGGGCGCUGCUGGAGUUCCUGCGGGUGCACCCCGACAUCCGGGCCGUGGGGGCCGAGCCCCACUUCUUCGACCGCAACUACGAGCAGGGCUUCGCCUGGUACAGAGACCUGAUGCCCAGAACCCUGGAUGGACAGAUCACCAUGGAGAAAACCCCUAGCUACUUUGUCACCAAGGAAGCACCUGCUCGAAUCUCCGCCAUGUCGAAGGGCACCAAGCUCAUCGUGGUGGUGCGGGAUCCUGUGACCCGAGCCAUCUCCGAUUACACGCAGACUCUCUCGAAGAAGCCCGAUAUCCCCACCUUUGAGAGCCUGACCUUCAAAAACAGGACUACAGGCCUGAUCGACACCUCGUGGAGCGCCAUCCAGAUUGGCAUCUACGCCAAGCACCUGGAGAACUGGCUCCUCUACUUCCCCAUUGGGCAGAUCCUCUUCGUCAGCGGGGAGAGGCUGAUCAGCGACCCCGCUGGGGAGCUGGGCAGGGUCCAGGACUUUCUGGGCCUUAAGAGGAUCAUCACGGACAAACACUUCUACUUCAACAAAACCAAGGGCUUCCCCUGCCUGAAGAAAGCUGAAGGCAGCAGCAAACCCCACUGCCUGGGGAAAACGAAAGGCAGGACCCACCCCAAUAUAGACAGAGAGGUGGUGCAGAGACUGCGGGAGUUCUACAGGCCUUUCAACAUGAAGUUCUACCAGAUGACUGGGCACGACUUCGGCUGGGACUGAGGCUGGCACGACAGUGUCUCCUUGUAAUUACCCCGUGGUGCAGCUUGCUUCUAUAAAGAUAUGUGUGUGUGUGUAUGUAAAAUGUACAGAAAUCUAUUUUAUAAUAAUUUAUUUUUAAUUUUUAAGUAAUUAAUUCACUAAGCUGCCUAACCACACUGUCUAGAAUAUUAGCCCAUAACCUUUUUUUUUUUUUAACAUUCCAUGGUGUUUAAUUCUAAUAUUGGUCUUUUUAUUUUGUUUGGUUUAUAAUUGACGGUGCUUCCAUUUACCUAGAGGAAACUAGUAUUAAAAAGGAAGCGGGGGGGAAAGCACAAUUUUAUUUUCGUUACGGGUAUUAGGCCUUUAUAAACAUUUACUUGUCAUCUUCCAACUCCUGAGUAUCUGUCCCCCUACCUUUUGCAUGAGAUCUGUUGGCCUGUCAUCCACGUUCCCUCCUGCCUUCCGAAUAACAGUCAGGGAGGGAGAGCUGUGCUGCUCUUUGAAGCUCAGAUGCUGAGGCCCAACACAGCAGCUGCUUUACAGGGGCGUUAUAAUGUGCAAAAUCCAUCAGUAUCCACACUCCCCAGCCAUACUGCUGCUGGGAGACUUCUGUUUGCUUCUGUGCAUAAGGUGCACCUUUGGAAAAGAGCACCAAUAGCAUGAGAUUUUGCUGCAAGGGGGGAGCAGUCUUAUCAGUCUGUGGUGGUGUGUUUUUAAAAACAAGGAGAAUCUCCCCCUCCUGGCCCAAACCGGUUUCCUGGGUGGGGACUCUAUGCAUUUUUAAAAAAUGUAUUAUUCUUAUUAAAGAUGUGAAGUGCUGGGUGGAACUAUGUUGUAGUAAAUGAAAUUCAGCUCCUCCAUGUAUACACUCGCCUUGUAUGGAACCCAUUUUAAAACGCACUAGAGUCGAGCAUGCAGGCAGCGCAUCUGCUUUGACACACCAAAGAAAUCAAUAGAACCAGAGGAGCCAUUAGCAAAAGCCAGGGGAUGAGUCUGUCACUGAUUUAGUGUCCCCCGAGGAGUGGGUAGGGGACACUGUGAGUCCAUGCACAGCUGGGGAUCUGAGGUAGGUCACCAGUGCAAUGAUUUGUGGGGAUGCGUGGGGGGGGGGGGGGUUCAGCCUUAUUCCUCUUUGAUGUUGUCUUGUCCACCUUACAUUUUGGUCUAAUACUUCAUCAAGAGUCUGUCCAGAACAGGCCCCUACCUGGAAUUGGAAGGGGAUGUUACCAGGCAGGAUUUAAAUGAAUCCAUAGAACUACUUAGGGAUACUUGCAUAGUACUUGCCUGCAUCUACUGCCACUGGUCUCUCAUUUCACAUGCAAUACAUUCACCCCAAAUACUUGGAAAACAAGACCCUGAAUCACACAGGGCUCUGAUAUUAAUCAAGACCGCUCUUUGCUCAGAGGUGUAACUGUUGAUCAUUUAAAUACAUAAGCGAUGAUGGGACAACCAGUUAAAAUAGGAACCCAACAUGUUGCCUGUGGUUUGAACCAAACACUUUUUGAGGAGCUGAGCUGCUCAGAAGACCGUUUCUGAUGUCAGGCCAGGAGUGGAACCAGAAAUGUUGACCCACACCCAGAAUAGCUAUUCUUGCAGAAUUUACAGCCCUGGCAGAAGCUAGCAGUGAGUGAAUGAAUAAUUCUCCCUAGAAUUCUGGCCAAAUUUUGCAGGUUUAGGUGGUGUGGAGAAUCUCCACAAACUUUGAGUGUCUAUCCUCACCACCUGAGGUUCACCCAUCUCUAAAGGACCUCUUAGUGACUAGGGUAACUGCAGAAAAUCCUGAUCCUAAUUCCCAUUGAAUUUAAUUAAAGCAGGGCCAUACCAUCGUUCCAGGGCAACUACAGGGUACACAUGGCUGUUUUUGACUUCAGUUUAACCCUGAAUGUAGAUUAAACAAGCUAUUAAUUGCACCUUUCAUAGCGUGCAGGAAUGUCUAUAAAUACUAUGUAGUGGGAGCAGCAAGGUAUUGGCUAAAUAAACCUUAUGACAUUACUGUGUAAAUAAACAAGUACUUGCAUAAUAUAUGUGCAGUGUAAUAAAAUGCUAGACAACUGCAUGUAUAAUGCUACAGCAAUGGGUAAAAGAUACAUGAUUUCAUUAUGUUGAUAUGUUGGUUUCAUAUGUGUCACCAGUAUACCUUAGCACCAGGCUGAAGACGCUAGUGGCCACCCCCGGUCAGCAACCCCUCCAUUAUAAUUACUAAACAAUACCCAGCUGUGGUGGUGGUUGUCAUAUAGCAUUCCUCAGAUGUUGCUUUUACUUUAACAGCCUCCUUGCUCUUGUUUUGUCCUAUACAGCUGUUCACUACAGCUGCUUAAUGAUGGACAUGCAGAUGCAAUAACUUUCCUUCCGAACCAUUCAGUUAAUAGGCCCAUGUUGCUCUCACUUGGUCCGGCUCUGAUCUCACUUACACUAAUGGUACUGAGAGCAGACGCCAGCCCUCUGUCUCUGUAAUAAUGAGAUUUGCAGUAAAAUGCUGCCCCUUGAAAUGUGGAUGGAUCUGCUCCCAUUCCAAACCCAAGGGGUGUUUAGUUUAAUCUAAUGACUAACAGGGAAUUUUAACUUGUUUACAAGAGCAGUGUAAUGUCAUGGCAAGUAAAGGUAGAUACAGAGUCAAAAGGUUCCCCUGACCCAGCUCCCCUAUUUAUCAAUGUCACUGGGAAAUGUCUGGGAGGGGACCAUACCCAGGUCAGUGGGGGAGGAGAACAACAGGUAUAUGAGAGCACCCUCAAAUCCCAGCCGGGUGAGGCAGGGGGAUACUUAGCACUUUGCAGUAUCAAGCUCUAUAAUGACAGUCUAAUUUCGGUUGGUUUUGGAGCAUGGUGCAACCUUUGAUUUGUUUUUUCCCCCGAGCCUUUCCCACUCCAAGGAAAGGUGAAAUCUUGCCCGUGAAACAGUAUUGUUUUGCCAUAGGCAGUUCCAUCAGCCGAUCGACACAUUAGCCAAUACUGUGGCAAGCCACAAUAGAGUGUGUGGCAUCUUCAUUACUGCAGUGCAGAGGGAGCCCUGGGUUGCAAAACAGAUGAAAAUUCAAGGGGCAUGUGGAUGUGUGU